GAUGAUUGAAGAACAGAGGAAUAAUGUGUUCAUGUUCUAUAUUAAGCACUUAAAUGAUGGCUGAGAAGAGAGAUAGUGAAGGAAGGACAGGCGACGAGGAAAAUGACGUUAAAAGAGAACUAUUGAAGACAAACAUUUCCACUGCUAAAAGCAACAUUUCUGAUGACGCAAGUAUUAAGUCCGACAUAAGCGAGCAUCACUCUCAACAAAGAAACCGACCUUUGACCUCUGAUCCGUUAUCAGAUUUAACAGACAAUCAGCGUGUCGUUCUCUACACCCUGUUUCUUUCUGGAGAAGAAAAUGUUGUUUUGCAUGAUGACGUCUUUAUGGGAGACAUUGAUGUCUGGAAGACGCUAAAAGAGCUGGAGGACAGGGAAAUGGUGGAACUGUUGUCUGAAAACAAAGAAAAACUCGUAUCUGUGUAUUUUAUCCCAAGUUACACACGAUGGGAGAUAAUGGAAUCUUACAGAGAGAACUGUUUGCUAAGUGAUAUAGACAAAGAGUUUUUCGUGGAUGUGGUCUCAGACACCCCUUUAUAUUAUGUUGAAACAGAGUCCAAUAUCUUAAACCUUGAUGUGUCAAGUCCAGAAGCCAAGAGAUCUCUAAUAAUAAUGAGAUUGGUAAUGGAGGGGAAGAUUGACAGACAAAUACAGCUUAUUGGAGGUACAUACAGAUUUGACAGAAUAAUUCCAAAUCAAUUCUACGCUGAUUCUGAAAAAUUUGUUCAAUUUUGGAAGAAUUAUUGUACCUGGAGAAACCUACAUCCUACAGAUUGGUCUAACGGAGUCAGUGAUACAGAAGUCGAAAGAUAUUACUCAGUAUACACAAUCCUUUCUGGAUAUGAGGAAGAAUUCCUAAAAUUGGUUUUAAACAAGUCAAAGUGGAGCAUACUUGUACUUAUUUUAAUAUCAGAGAAGUACCGCAUUUUCUAUGAAGAAAAGUUGCUGAAAGAGAAAGUCGAUUUAAUACGACGUACAUUUUUAAAAAUGAUUGAUUCUGAAGAUUGUUUGUCUGAUAUCACAGUACUUAUACAAGAAUUGAUUGACAAGGAUAAAAUACUAAAAGUGAAUAAAGAGAAGAAUACACUAGAGUUUAUAUCAGAGGAUCUACGUCAUCUUGUAAUGGGAUACUUUGUUCUGAACUGUUUAAAAUCUGAUGAGGACUACAAGAACUACAUCAAGUUGUCAUCAGUUGACUCGGUGUUUGAUUAUGUCCGUACGUUAGACUAUGAACAUGGUAAAGUGGGAAUCGGAGAAAGAUAUAUCUACUUACCGAUUACGUUGGAGGAGACCUUGGUAAAAGAGGUUGGAAUAGACAUCGUGCGACACGUCAUAGUAGAGGAAGAAAGAAUACACGAUUUGGUGUCUGAUAUUUUAAAUGUUCCAAAGGAAAUUCUUAACUGGGACUACGAAGCAAGGUGCAGGUACGUAGAAUGUGCAAAGAAAGGGACACAAACAAUUCACAGAGCUCGUGCUAUGAUUGUUGGCUGUGCUGGUGCUGGAAAAACAACUCUUCUGAAACGACUACAAAAGCGAUCUCUCGAUGAAUUACAACAGGUUCAAAGUACAAUAGGUCUUGAAGUGCAUGAAGACAUCUUUGAAAUUUUGGAAGAAAAUGACUUCCUAAAAGGUUUAAAUGAAAAACA